AUGGCCAACGAAGCCGCCAAGGCCCUCGAGGCCCUCCAGGUCUCCAAGACCAAGGAGCUCAAGGGAACCGAGAAGCGCGACUUCCUCAUUGCCUUCGAGAAGAAGUACCAGCAGAGAUGGGCCGACGAGAAGAUUUUCGAGGUCGACGCCCCGUCCACGAAGGAAGUCCCUCUGCACUCCAUCACUGCCGAGGAGCUACGCCAGCAGCAGCCCAAAUGGAUGGGCUGCAUGGCCUUUCCUUACAUGAACGGUCGCCUCCACGCCGGUCACUUGUUCUCUGUGAGCAAGGUCGAAUUUGCUGCCGGUGUCGCCCGUAUGCAGGGAAAGCGCGCUCUAUUCCCCAUGGGAUGGCACGCAACCGGUAUGCCCAUCAAGGCUGUGGCCGACAAGCUCAAGAAUGAGGUCGCCAUGUUCGGCCGUGACUUUGAGGGAUACCAGGAGGAAGAGGUUCUCGUCGACGACAAGCCCGUCGAGGCCAAGGCGGCCCGUGACGAUAUCACCAAGUUCUCCACCAAGAAGAGCAAGGCGAAUGCCAAGACGAUCAAGGCCAAGUACCAGUUCCAAAUCAUGGAAGCCAUGGGUAUCCCUCGAAAGGAUAUUCACCUCUUCGCCGACGCUUCCUACUGGCUUGAAUUUUUCCCCCCUUUGGCCCAGGAUGACCUGACAAGUCUCGGCUUCAGAAUUGAUUGGCGCAGAUCGUUUAUCACCACCGAGGCCAACCCCUACUUUGAUGCAUUUGUGCGCUGGCAGAUGAUCCGCCUCAAAGAACUGAACAAGAUCAAGUUCGGCAAGAGAUACACUAUCUACUCCAUCAAGGACGGACAGCCUUGUAUGGAUCACGACAGAGCCGAGGGUGAAGGCGUUGGUCCUCAAGAGUACACCGGGCUCAAGAUGAAGGUUCUCGAGUGGGCGCCCAAGGCUGGAGAGGCCCUCAAGUCUAAGCUGCCCGCCGAUGCCAAUGUGUUCCUCAUCCCAGCCACCCUGCGCCCCGAAACCAUGUACGGCCAGAAUGCCGUCUUCGUGUCCCCCAAGAUUACCUACGGUGUUUUCAAGGCUUCCGACAAAGACUACUACAUCAUGACCCAGCGUGCUGCUCGUAACAUGGCCUACCAAGGCCUUUUCGUCCAGGACGGUGUUGUCGACCAGACUACCGAGAUUGACGGUUCCGCCCUCAUUGGUACUCGCGUCCAUGCCCCCUUUUCCGUCCACAAGGAUGGCGUCCGUGUCCUUCCUAUGGAAUCCAUCCUGCCUACGAAAGGUACUGGUGUAGUCACCUCCGUCCCCUCGGACAGUCCCGCCGAUUGGGUCAUGACUAUGGACCUCCGCAAGAAGGCCGCUUAUUACGGUAUCGAGCAGGAGUGGGCCGAGCUUGAGAUUGUGUCCAUCAUCAACACCCCUUCUGGAGACAUGAUUGCCAAGACUCUGUGCGAGCAGCUCAAGAUUGCUUCUCCCAAGGACACUGUUCAGCUUGACAAGGCCAAGGAGACUGCGUAUUCUGAGGGCUACUACAAGGGUAUCAUGAACAUUGGCGAGUUCAAGGGCGAGGCCGUCGAGACUGCUAAGCCCAAGGUUCGCCAGUCCCUGAUCGACCAGGGUUUAGCGUUCGUCUACUCUGAGCCCGAGCGCAAGGUUGUCAGUCGGUCAGCAGACGAGUGCAUCGUUGCCCUGAUGGACCAGUGGUACCUCGACUACGGAGAAGAGUCUUGGAAGAAAACUGCUCUCGACUGGGUUGAGAACGCGGACGGCAAGGGCCUGAACACCUUCAGCCACGAGACCAAGAACGCUUUCCAGGGUGUUCUCAACUGGCUCAACCAAUGGGCUUGCGCAAGAUCGUACGGUCUUGGUUCCAAGCUGCCUUGGGACCCGCAGUUCCUCGUCGAGUCGCUGAGUGACAGUACGAUCUACAUGGCGUACUACACCAUUGCCCCCUACCUCCACAAGGAUAUCUUUGGCAAAGAGAAGGGCACUGGUGGCAUCGGCCCCGAGCAGAUGAUUGACGAGGUCUGGGACUACGUCUUCUGCCGCCGUGAGCUUGACGACAAAAUCCUCUCGGAGUCAAAGAUCUCCAAGGAGACUCUGGAGAGCAUGCGCCGCUCCUUCGAAUAUUUCUAUCCCCUCGACCUUCGCAGCUCCGGCAAGGAUCUCAUUGGCAACCACUUGACAUUCUUCCUCUACAUCCAUCUUGCCAUGUUUACGCCGGAGUAUUGGCCCAGAGGUAUCCGUACCAACGGCCACUUGAUGCUUAACGGAGAGAAGAUGAGCAAGUCGACUGGUAACUUUAUGACGCUGCAGGAUGUUGCACGUAAGUUCGGCGCCGACGCUGCCCGUAUUGGUCUGGCCGAUGCUGGUGACACCAACGGCGACAGCAACUUCGAGGAAGAUGUUGCCAACCAGGCUAUCCUGCGUCUGCACACUCUCAGAGAAUGGUGCGAGGACGUCGUCAAGAACAAGAGCGAGCUUCGGACGGGCGAGUUGAACUUCUUUGACAAGGUCUUCAACAACGAGAUGAACGUCAUUGCGAAGGAGGCCAUCCAGCAAUACACCGAUACAUCCUACAAGCUGGCUCUGAAGGCGGCUUUCUACGACUUCAACAACGCCCUCUCUUUCUACCGCGAGAGCUGCGCCUCGGUCAAGAUGCACCACGACCUGGUCCUGCGCUACAUCGAACUCCAGUGCCUGCUCAUUGCCGUCAUUGCCCCUCACUGGGCCGAGUCGGUGUGGAUCGAGAUCCUGGGCAAGCCGACGUCGAUCCAGCAGGCGACUUUUCCGGAGAUACCUGAAACUGACGCGGCGCUUACGGCGGCGAGAAAGUACAUUUCGGUCACGGCGUCCAACGUCAACUCUGCCGAGUCUCUCCAACUCAAGAAGAAGGCCAAGGGCAAGGAGACGUCGUUCGACCCCAAGAAGCCCAAGAAGCUCACCAUCUUGAUGAGCGAGAAGUUCCCACAGUGGCAGCAGGCUUACAUCGACCUCCUCAAGGAGAUGUGGGACCCCGAGACCAAGUCAGUGGAUGAUAAGGCGCUCAACGGAAAGAUCGCCAAGAUGGGCGAGAUGAAGAAGGCCAUGCCGUUCGUCCAGGGCCUCAAGAGACGUCUGCAGCUGGGUGAGCCGGCGAGCGCGGUCCUGGAGCGCAAGCUGGCGUUUGAUGAGAAGGCCGUACUCGUGGACAUGAUUGACGGUCUCAAGCGCAGUGCCAACCUCGUGGAGGUGAAGAUCAUUGCAGUAGAGGAGGGCAGCAAAAAGGGUACGGACCUCGUUACGGGUGCUGUGGAGGACAACUUGCCGCCCAACGCCGAAGGCGCUGUGCCGGGUGCCCCCAACUUUUUGUUUGCCAACGUGGAGUCGUCAUGA